CUCCUCCUGCCUUGUGUCUGUGAGCUCCCAUUUCUGCCUGCCCGCCUGUGCCUCUCUCUCUUACUCACAGUCUCUCUCACAGAGUCUCAAACUCUACAGCAACAAUGAAAACCUCCAUGCAAACCGCAUACUCUAUGCGCUCCUCCACUACUAGCAGGUCUCCUGCUGUGUCAAUCACCCGUACCUCUGCUCCCGUCUACAGGGCCCCCACCAUCCACGGCGGGGCCGGCGGGGCCCCGAUCAGUGUUUCCUCUAGCUUCCGCAGUGGGCUGGGAGCCGGCAUUGGAAUGGGUUCUGGAGCAGGGGGCUUCUCCAGCAACAUCCAGGUGAGCUCCAGCGGGAAGAGCGCCGACAUCAUGGGCAAUGAGAAGUUCGCCAUGCAGAACCUGAAUGACCGUCUGGCCAACUACCUGGAGACAGUGAGGAACCUGGAGCAGGCCAACCACAAGCUGGAGAUUAAGAUCAAGGAGGCCCUGGAGAAGAGCGGACCUGACUUCAGAGACUACAGCAAGUACCAGGUCAUCCUGGACGACCUGAGGAAGAAGGUGUUUGAUGCCACCACUGACAAUGCCCGCCUCGCUCUCAGCAUCGACAACGCUCGCCUGGCGGCCGAUGACUUCAGAGUGAAAUACGAGUCUGAGAUGGCCAUCCGCCAGUCUGUGGAGGCUGACAUCGUCGGCCUGAGGAAGCUCAUCGACGACACCAACAUGAGCCGCAUGAACCUGGAGAGCGAGAUCGAAUCCCUGAAGGAGGAGCUCAUCCACCUUAAGAAGAACCAUGAAAAUGAAGUUAUGGAGCUUCGUAACCAGAUUGCCCAGUCAGGAGUCCACGUGGAUGUCGAUGCGCCUAAAGGACAGGACCUGGCUCAGAUCAUGGCAGAAAUAAGGGCCAAGUACGAGAAGAUGGCACAGAAGAACCAAGAAGAACUCAAAGCGUGGCACGAAUCUCAGAUAACAGAGGUGCAGACCCAGGUCACCCAGAGCACAGAGGCACUUAAAGGUGCCCAGACAGAAGUGAAUGACCUGCGCAGACAGUUACAAACCCUGGAGAUCGAGCUGGAGUCACAGAGGAGCCUGAAAGUCUCUCUGGAGGGCACGCUGAGGGACACAGAGAUGCGUUACAACAUGGAGAUCGAGUCUCUCAACAACAUCCUGCUGGGCCUGGAGGCCGAGCUCACACAGCUGCGCAACAACAUCCAGCUGCAGACGCAGGAGUACGAGGCCCUGCUCAACAUGAAGAUGAAGCUGGAGGCCGAGAUCGCCACAUACAGACGGCUGCUGGACGGCGAAGACUUCAUGCUCCAGGACGCUCUGGAAGACAAGAAAACAGUGAAGACCAAAGUGAUGACCGUCACGCAGACCCUGGUGGACGGCAAGGUGGUGUCCUCCAGCACAGAAACCAAGAACCUUUGAACACCAGAAGCCACCAGCCGAUACUCCCAACAAUCACUGUCACUGCAUCAUAACACUAACAUACGACUGGCCGGAAUUGAUCCUUCUCUCCAGCAGGUUCUCCUUUCUUCUUAGUCACACAGCACUAACUGACGCUGCCAUUAGUUUGACUUCCUGGGUAUGCAGCUCACCGCAGGCUGAUAAAUAAACUGGAUCUGAGGAUAACUAAAUCAUCUUUUAUUUAUUUCAUCAUGAUAUAUUUAUGUGUUUGUAUGUUGACCUGCAGACAUUAAGAAAAGUUCAGAAUUGGAAAAUUGUGAACUUUUUCGGAGAUAAACUAAUUGAAGACACUGAACAUUUCAAAGUAAUGAAAGAGUCCAAUUAAAUGCAAAAUAUUUCUUUUAUAUUUCAUCAUCUUUGGUUUUCUUUCUGUCCAGUUAAGUCAGCCUGUUGUGCUGUGCUGUUCAAACAUUUCAAUAAAGUCCAUUUGGGAAA